AUGCCGACCAAAGAAAAACCAUCCCGAGGUGGAACGAGCUCUACAAAUUCUCAAUCCUCCAAUACAUCAUCAUCAUCUUCAAGGAAAAAUAUAACGGAUGGAAAAAAUUCAGCAUCUAUGGAAAUACUCAAAAUUUCUCCCAAUGUCAAACGCUAUUCCGAUAUCAAAAAACCAUCUAAUCAUUCCUCUAAUACAUUUACAUCGACGGUAGGAAGUUCUGGAGUUGUAUUUAAUCAAGUGAAAGCAAGAAAAUGCAUUGAAGAUUAUACACCUGAAGAUGAAUUAGAAAAAUGGCUGUUGAAACACAAUGAAAAGAAUCUUGUACUUUGUUUGGAACAUCCAACACAUGUUUCACAACGAGGUGGACAUUAUCAUAUUAUAUUUAGGACUCAGAACAUAUAUAAUGAAUAUUUACAAGCUUGGGAAAAAUCAAUUCAUCAUGAAGAGCUAUCAUCAAGUGUACCAAAAAUGUAUAUUGAAGAAUUACGAACCAAACAUGCAUUUCGAUUAUAUAUCGAUAUUGAUAUUAAAUUGAAUAUAGAAGAAAAGUAUGAUAUUGUUGAAAAUGGCUGGAUUGACAUCAUUAUGAAUUUCACUUAUCACUAUUUCAAAAAUCAACAAGAUUUGACAGAUUUUACCCUGAUUUUAACACAAUGUCAUGGAAAAUGGGAAGAUAGUGUUACCACAACUGCCAAAUUCAAAUCAGGUUACCGUCUCUAUUUUCAUGACAUUAUUGUUGAUUAUGACAAGUUUUGUGACUUUACUCAUAAUUUAUGUUAUACCUUACAAGGAAAAUACGAUCAUUACAAUGGUCAACCUCAUGAUUGGACCUUUGAGGAUGUGAUUGACUUGAAAACUUGUAAUCACCCACGAUGUCGAUUAUUUGGAAGCGCUAAAUGGAGAAGAGGCGAACUCUUACCUCGAAUUUAUGAAUUUUAUGGAGCUUUCAAAUACAACUCGACCACGAAUAAGGCAAUUCUUGAUCAUCCCUUGACGAAUAACUUGAGAAACAAUGUCUGUGAAUUAUUGAGAUUGACAAGUGCUCGAGUGGAAGAUCCUUUUGAUGAAUGA